CAAAAGCAAACAGCUCGGUUAUUUACGAAAUCAUUAAGAAAGUGCUUGUUGUCUCGGCGUACUGAAAUAUAGAAAUAUUUAAUAUAAUCCAGUAAAAUCAAAAUUCUUAAUAAGUUUUAAAAGGGAUUAAUCAAUAAAUAUCAAAUGCGUUUAAACUCUAUUGUACCAGAUUUUAAAGCCGAUUCGACCAAGGGUCCUAUUGAGUUCUAUGACUGGCAAGGAGAUUCCUGGGUUCUACUAUUUUCUCAUCCAAGUGAUUUUACUCCUGUUUGCACAACUGAAUUGGGUCGCAUAGCUGUAAACGCUACUCAAUUUGCUAAACGAAAUACCAAGUGCUUAGCUCAUUCAGUUGACGAUACACAGUCUCAUAUUAACUGGGUUAAUGAUAUCAAAUCUUAUUGCGCAGAUAUACGUGGAGAAUUUCCAUUUCCUAUUCUAGCUGACCCCAAUCGCCAACUAGCUAUUACUCUUGGCAUGAUAGAUGAGGAAAAACGUGAAGAUAUAGAAAGUGCCAAAACAGUUCGGGCGUUGUUUAUCAUUAGCCCCGAUCAUAGGGUACGUCUAUCUAUGUUUUAUCCUAUGACCACAGGUCGUAAUGUGAAUGAAAUUUUACGAUGCAUCGAUUCUUUGCAAUUAACCGAUCGUCUUAAGACAGUGGCAACGCCAGCCAAUUGGAUGCCUGGUAGCAAGGUUAUGAUUUUGCCCUCUGUAACCGAUGAAGAAGCUGCUAAACUCUUUCCUAAAGGUUUCGACAAAACUUCAAUGCCAUCCGGUGGCAACUAUGUUAGAACUACGGAAAAUUAUUAACAUUACUUAGCGCACUUAGUGAAGUCCGCUUGAUUAAUAUAUAAACAUGUCUUAAAAAUGUAAAUCCGAAAAUAUAAUCACUUCCAGUUUUUCUAUAAAUAUAUGUUUGUUGGAAAAUAUUUUCUUUAACAAGUUUUCUGUGGCUUUAGAACUCAAUACACCUCAAUAUACCUUUAGUAUAUUAGCACUAUGCAUUCAUUAUGCUUCGAUAAGAUUCCUGGCAUAGUGCCAAAACCCUUGAAAAACAAACGUAGAUUAAAGCAUGAUUCGUUUAAUUUUGCUAAUAUAAAAUUUAGAAAGUGCCGGCCGAAAUGUAUGAAAAUAUAUUUGCUUGCUGUUUGUUUAAUCCGUUUUUUUUAAAUGUCUGCCUCAAUGGAAUUUAGCUACCGGCUCAUCAUCAAAGACCAACCAAGUAUUGGUUACAUUAACUGCCCACGGAUCUCCCAGCCCAUUAGCCUCCGGGUCGAAUUUACGUACACUCUUUUACGUUUUACUAUAGCAUUAUCGCUGCGCUGCACUAAUAUUUUGCGCGAUUUUGUAUCUUGGGAACAAAUAAUUUUAUCUAAAGUGAAGUGAAUUGUUAGCCAACAGUCGCGCGACUAACGUAUCUGCACUCAUUUAAACCAUAAUACAUUCUAGGAGAUUUUUUGUACUUUUAGGCAUCCUUUUGUUGAAAUAUUCUUCAAG